UCGUCAGUCAAAGUAGAUAUCCUGAGGGCUACGCGAACGGCAUGCUGGGAUAGAAGAUGUAAACAUCAACUGGCCCAGAAAAGGAGCUGCAGCUCCGAUACGGCAAGAUUUUUAUACCGGGUACAUUUUCAAAGACUUUUCUCGGUACAAGUUAUAGCAGUUAGUUACGACGUACAGGAAUGUGACAUUUUUUCCCCUGAAAGAAAGGGAGGGAACUCCUGGUGAAACCGCAGCACCAAUGAUACCACUGCCGAGCUAGCUAGCCCGCGCUAAUAUGGAUAGCUCGCUGGUUAGCUUUAUGCUCAUGUAAUUUUUUUUUUGACAAACCUUCGUGUUUAUCCUGCUUUCGUUUAAAAGGAAAUCCAUCCUUUAUCAGUGACAAAGAUGGGAGUGAAGACAUUUACCCACAAUUCACCAAGUCACAGCCAAGAGCUGUUGGACAAGCUCAAUGCGCUGCGCAGUGAGGGCCACUUCUGCGAUGUUACUAUUCGUGUUCAGGGCCAGCUUUUCUCUGCCCACAAGGUGGUGUUGGCUUGCUGCAGUGACUUCCUCAAGGCUAAGCUCUCGGGGAAACCAAGCGAGGACGAGGCCAGCACAGAGGACAAUAAGGCAGUUUUGGAUCUCCACCACGUUACCGUAGCGGGCUUCGCUCCACUGCUGGAAUACGCCUACACAUCCACACUGUCUAUCAGCACAGAGAACAUCAUCGAUGUCCUGGCUGCCGCCAGCUACAUGCAGAUGUUUGCAGUGGCCAACACCUGCUCAGAAUUCAUGAAGUCCAGCAUCUUGUGGAACUCAUCCUCAGCUUCCAGCAACACCACCACUCUUCACCGGCCCCAGGAAGCUCCAGAAGGCGCCACAACUUGCACUCUGACUCCACUGGAUGCCCUAUCACCCUCACCGGUGUCUUCAGAAUGCAGUGCACCUGAGCGGCCUGUCCCUGUAUGCCGUGAGUCACGCCGCAAACGUAAAGGCUUUGCCAGCCCACAGCCAACUUCCUCUUCCUCACCACAAGUCCCAAAUCCUUCACCUUCAUCGUCUUCCUUCCCAGAGAGCUCUGCUCAAACUCUGGAACCCUCUCUUGCUUUUUCUUGGACCUAUCCAUUUGGUGUAGACCGCCGCUUCACUUCAGAAAAGGCCAAACUUCCUGAGGGGUUGCUGGAGUCUAGUGGAGCAUCUGGACAAGAUGGAGGCAGUCGGGCAUUGGUGGAGUAUUUGUCCUGCGAGGGCCCUCGGGCACUGGGUGUGGGUGGGACGGCUGUGGUAGAGGAGGAAGAGGAGGAUGUGCAAGUGAAGGUGGAGAGGCUAAGCGAUGAAGAGGCACACGAGGAGGCAUCACAGCCAGUCAGCGCCUCACACAGCUCACUGACCGACCAGCAAACUGUGCCUGGCAGUGAGCACACUCAGGAGGAUCUGCUCAUCAGCCCUCAGUCUUCAUCUAUAGGCUCCAUGGAUGAGGGGGUGACAGAGGGCCUUCAGUCCAUCCAGGGCACCCCGAACACCACUGGCCACAUGGAGGAGGAUGAAAGGCUGGAAAAUGUUCAGUACCCUUACCACCUGUACAUCAGCCCUUCCACGCGCCCGGGACUCAACGGGCCUGAGCGGCCUUUCCAGUGCCCCACGUGUGGAGUCCGCUUUACUCGAAUCCAGAACCUUAAGCAGCACAUGCUCAUCCACUCCGGCAUUAAGCCGUUCCAGUGCGACCGCUGUGGGAAAAAGUUCACACGGGCCUACUCCCUAAAGAUGCACCGUCUGAAACAUGAAGGUAAACGCUGUUUCCGGUGCCAGAUCUGUAGCGCCACAUUCACAUCCUUCGGUGAAUAUAAGCACCACAUGAGGGUGUCCCGCCACAUCAUCCGCAAGCCUCGGAUUUACGAGUGCAAAACGUGCGGCGCCAUGUUUACCAACUCCGGCAAUUUAAUCGUACACCUGAGGAGUCUGAACCAUGAGGCAUCAGAGCUAGCAAACUACUUCCAGACCAGUGAGUUCCUCCUCCCAGACUACUUGAGCCACAUGCAGGAGGAAGAGGAGGAGAACCUGGCCCAUUUUGAGAUGACAGAGCAAGCCUUCGACGUCACUGCCACCUCCUCCUCCUCUUCUUCCUCAGUACAAACGCCCGUCAUCUCCCAGGUCUCCUCAACCAUGAACUACGACUCCCGACCCUCUGCCUCCAUGGCCCAGAAUUCACCAGGCUCUAGAGCAGGCCAUGGGAGUGAGGAGGGAACAGCAGGGGAGGAGGCAAAAAAUGCCAUAGCUGUCACGUCUUUACCAGAACCGGAGAAAGAGGAAAGGGAGAAAGAGGGCGAGGGACAGAACCAAAAGAAAGCACUUGUGUCAAUUACAAUCGAAUGAGAAGCAUUCCAUUUAAUUCUUCUGGAAUUUGUGUAUGUGUUUUUCAGAUUUUGUGGCCUGAAUCAGUAUAAUGCAAAAGAAAUAAAGUGAACACUGGACUCUGCGUGGAGAAUGCAAGUUGGAAUACUUAUUAUAGUUUAAUUUUUAAGAGCUUCAUAUGUAGUUGUGAACAGUUCUUUAUAGGAAUGUUACUCUUUUAAUUUGCUUUGUACAGGAACAUAAGGUUAUAUGUCGUGAUUGUUUUAAAAGUUGUUUAUUCUGAAAUUCAGACAUUGUAAACUUGAAAUGUUUAGACAUUGUUUUUAACUGUCCUGUAAUUGAUUUUUUUCUUUUUUUUUUUAAUUUUCCCUGAAGCUUUAUCAGCUAAAUUAUGACCCUCUAUGAGGCCAUAUGUCAAAGGAUUUUGUGUAUGAGUAAAAGCUGUGAGAUGAUUACACCUUCGCCUUAUUCAGUCAGGCUGGAUCAUGCUGGAUAGUGAGUGGAAAAGUUGUUCCUCUAAGAGUUUUUUUCCUCUCUUUCCUCCCCUCUUGUCCCUUUUGAAGCAAUUUGUUUAGUCUCAUAAAGCAGAGCGCCUUAACUGUAGCACACUGCUCUUCCUGGCCUGCAACCUGAACUUUUGAGGCUAACAAGCUGAAAUGUGAAAGACUGUGCUACUACUUCAUCUUCAUUCUUCUGCAGCAGAAGAAGUCCAGUAUGAUGUGCCGUGUAGCCUGAUUUGGUAAAAUAAGCUUAGACCCCAUUUAAGGGAUCCUUUGUUGGUUGUGUCUCUUUUUCCAAAUGAGUGAAUUAUCAGAAUUUGUUGUGAUGUUAAGUGGGAUUUUUGAGCGUUGUAUUGUAUUUGGGGUAAGGAGGAGAGAAGUUAACAAUCACCCACCAACUCCACCAAGCCUUCAAUUUAUUUUCUACUGUAUAUCACGCUGCUAGAUUUUGAGAGCUGUGCCUCACACUUAAGAAAUCAUUGGGUUAAGCAUUUCUAUUAAAAAUUUCAAUACAUGCAAGAAGGUGAAAAAGUGGAAGAAAGGUGAUGAUUCCUUUCCUCAAUGGAUAUAUAUCUUUACUCAGUUCUGCUCAUCAGUGGAAUUUUUCUCCAUAAUGCCAUAACUAUAGGUACCUAAUAUCUUUCCAGUAAAAUCUGUGAAAAAUGACAUGACAAAAUUGUGAACUCUGUAUGUAGCACUUGCUCAAUUUGGUCAUUAGCAAAUGCACACAGUGUUGUGUGUCUUUUUUCCCCUUAUAUUUGACAUUGCACAAGGCAAUCAUUUGGCCAAAAGCUGCUCCAUUCCAAUGUGAUGUUCUCAAUAAACCAAAUGUUUGGUAUGCAUUGUGCAAUAUCCAGUCUUUAGAUGACACCCGUGUUUCCAAAUAUGGCUAAAGAAUGUGAUUAUUAUUUCAUAUAUAUAUAUAUAUAUAUAUAUAUAUGCUAAGGCCAAUACACAGUUGAUAAAGUCGAUGACAGGCAUAUAAUUAGCAGGAGAACUUAAUUUAGCACAUUUCUCAAGAAAUUAAAUUUCUUUGGAAGGACUUUAUGAAGCCCUUUGAACACCAGUUCCACUUCGUUUCUGUAGUGCAGUUAAUUAACAAGAAAUGAAACAAACAAACAAACAAAAAAAAUAGUAUAUCACUAUAUACGUAUGAUGUGUUGUCUGAUGGCAUCACUUCAUCUUUUGAGUCAGUAUACUGUAAAAUCUUGUUUCCUCUAUCUCACCAGGGCUUUUGUGGUAGAUUGAAACACCAGUGUCUUUACUCUGAGUGUUCGUAGUGAUGCAUUUUCCACAACACGGUAUUGCCUUCUGUAUCCGCUUACUUUCUGUGGUAUCUGCAUGUUGUCCCGGUCUAAAAGAAAUAAGAGCAAAAUUAAUAUAGCAUGGGUUGAUUUUAUUUGUUGGAUGUUUUGGAUGUGUGUGGAACUACAGUUUUUAUGUACAAUAUUCAAACUUCUGUGUCUGAAAUGUUUCAACAGAGAGAAAACUUGGUGUUUUGAUGGUCAUGAUACUCUUUCUGAUCCUGCAUUAUAAUACAAGUCACCUUAAAGUGAAAUUUUGUACAUUUCUUAUAGCAAUGUGAGUAUGAAUUGUUGUUUGACUUGAGCCUUGUAGUGUCUGCUUUUGUGACAAUGUCUUAAUGGUAUUUACUCAAACCUUUUUGUUUUAUUAAUUUUUUUCGUAUCUUGUGCCUUGGAUAUUAAAUCUGUAGUAUAUUUUAAUGGCUAAAAACAUACAUUGAUAUGAAUUCAUACCAUUUUGUAGACAGAAUGCUGGUAGACUUAUGAUGUAGCUAGUGAUCGAAAAUAUUUUUGAAGUGCUAUACUAUUGGUUUAAUAUGUGUGCUUGUGUUUAUUUUGAUAAUGAAAAAUGUACCUUUAUUGUUUUGUACCUUUUUGGUGGUCCUUAUGCCAAGACAGAUUUGCUGAAUGAUGUUUUGUAAAGUCAGCAAGUUGCAACUGAAAUUAAAUGGUUACAACCUA